CACUGGUAUUCCCGAACCCUCUGAGGAUUCUGUGGUUAUACUCAUUUCUCAUCCCACAGCAUGAGAUUCUCGGCUCUCCUCUUCCUGGCAGCUCUGCCUGGAGCCUUGGUCUAUGCUGCUGAACCAGAAGGGACUACAACUGCAGCAAAACCUGCUUCACCCCGAAAGCCGGCCCAGGACCCACAGAGUGCCACCCCAAGUACAGAAGAGCUAAACCCACUGAGACUCCUAGGUCGUGACCUGAGCCGAAGGCAGUUGCUUAACCAACAGAGCUACCCAGGUGUCCGUAGAAGACGUCUUUUUGAGGGUGGAGCUGAACGGGACAAAAAUCUGAAAAACUUGGUUGAAAAAUUCAAUGUAGCUGUAGUCUGAGAAGCUGAAAAGAAUGGGGUCCCUGGACUCAGAGCCUUAAACAUGCUUGCAGCCCAGCAU